AUGAAUUUGCGAAGACAUACACAAUUCCUUGCCAGAACAAUAUUUGUCAAGAACAACGAUGUUGAAAAGGCAGCACGUACUAUGAAUCGUAUUCUUAGCAGUGAAGGUAUAUUUCAACAGUACAGAUUAACUAGAUACUUUGAGAAACCUACAAAUACAAGGCGGAGAGUUAAUUUUGAAAGGUGUAAAGCUAUAUACAAUGAGGAUAUGACCAGAAAAAUCAAAUUAUUAACACGGACGGUCAGAGAAGAAGCUUAUCCUGGUUGUUCUUAAAGCUUCUUUUUUUCUUCAUAGAUACAAUUCAUAAUUUCUAUUAUUAGAAAAAAUUCUGAAAAGAAAAUGCUUUCAUUUUCUGUUAAUAUAUUGAAUAAAUAUGCUGAGAAAGAAGAAGCUAGCUUAUAUUAUCUAUGCGACCAAAUCUUUAUCAUCUUUGUUACUCUUCCUUUUAUGGGCUUGAGAAACCUCUAUAAUAUCCUUCCCACAGCUAUGAUGCCUCUCUGGAGUCAACAGUAUAUGGUGUUCCAAAGCAGUCACCAUUCGUAUUACAUUUGUAGGAUUCAGAUUGAGAUUGUGAGGUAAUGUGAUUUUAUUCACACUGUAC